AAACCUAAUGGUCUCAUAUUUCCUGAUAAAGCAACGAUAUACCUGGCUGCUAUUGAGGAUGGUGACUAUAAAGAAGAAAAAAUUGGAUGCAAGGAACCCUUGGUAGACACAGUUGAUAGUAAAGCUAUAGUUACUAGUUCGUUUGCUAAUAAGGAAAUUGAUAUUAAUACAGCUCAAAAAUCAGAUUUAACCUUUUCCGCACCUUUUAAAUUAACCGCCAUAAGAGAUGAUUACAUUCAUGCUUUUAUUGCAUG